CUUGGUGAAGGUAAAGAUGAGUUUUCACCGUGGUCUCGCUGUUUGUUGGUGCUUCGGUUAUUGCCUGUGAACUUAGUUGGUAAAAGUUUUCCUACUAGAGUGAACAAAGUUUUACAAGAAGUGAUCCUUGCUACGGGAAAAACUUUGGCGGACUUUGAAAGUGAGUAGCAACAGCCGAAAAGUUUUCACCCCGCGCGAAUCCUUGCGAAGAAAACGGGCGCAAAGUUUUUCCGCGAUCAAGAGUUUGUGGAAGUUUUUGGCGUGGAAAGUUUCCGCGGCAGCGGCACAGAGGACCCCCGAGUGCAUGCGAACAAAACGCGCGCGGUAGAAGACAAUUAUUUUUGGGGCUGCCCGUCACCACCGGCUCACACACAUACAGCAAGUUGGCAAAGUUGGCCAAUCUUAACCCCCCCCCCCCGCGCACUCGAAGACGACGGUGGAAAAGUUUGCCCCUCCGCGAAACGCAGGGCGAGUGCCAGUCAGUAGACGAGGUGUAAUCGGGACGAGAAACCAAGCAAAAUAAAAAAAAGUAAAACCAAGAAGUUAAAAUAAUUAAUUUAAAACAAAUCACCAAACUAGGGAAGUGCGGUUUGAAUGCUUGUUGGUUCGGUUCGGUGGUCGAGGGAAAACUUUUGAGCCGCCUCUCGGUUAACUGAAUGAUUUUCGGGUGGAAAAGCAGAAAUUCCGGUGCAGCAGGGAAGCAAAGUUUCAAUCGUUGCAGUUUUAAUUCAGCGUUACUGUCGGUUUUCCCCUUGAACUCUGCAAAGCAGUGUGUAAAAGCAGCACGUUGAAAUCCUGUCCCACCGGGGGGAAGGAAGUGUGCAACAACCGCGAAAAGCUUUCCUGUCCGAUCUGCUCAAAGUAAAACUGUACGGUUGAGGUCGGAAGUGUUAUCCGGUUCCGUGAGUUCUGUUCGGUGGAUAAAGCGCGGACGGAGAACGGAACGGCAUUCCAAAAGAGACCACAGGAAAGUGCAAUAUUCUACGAGAGACAUCGAAACCGAAUCUAACCGUUUAAGCGAUUACAAUUAGUGUAGAACAAGUUUCACGUUGUUCAAAAAAGUGCAAUAUCUAUACGAUUUCUACUGAUAUCACCAAAUAAGUUAAGCGCAAGCGUGUUACAAACUAGCCUCUUACUCGUAAGUGUUAUUAACCGGUGUCAGUUUACGUGAGUUAAAAUGAUCGAUAACAGUUACUCGUACGUCACGCGGGACAACCUGCGUUACACAGACCUGAACGAUGGUCGUUCGUACGCCCAGAUGAGCACACUGUCUUCACCGGCCACGAUGGGUAACCGGUUGGGUGAGUACGAUCCGACCGGGUCCCACUUGACGAACCAUCGUCCAUAUGAACCGGCUCCACAGACAGCUUUCGAACGGUACGACACUAGCUAUCCACCGCAGCGAAGUAAUCUGUACUCUUCGUACGGAUACUCGCAGUCCAUCAUCGACGAAGAGCAGAAAUAUUUGGCAGCCGCCGAACCUCCGGCACCUCCGGAAAUCCAAACGACCCAACAUCAUCUUGGACUGGCAACCGGACCUACCGAUCGGCAUCACCCGAUGAUGAAGGUCGAAAUGGACGAAGCCACCGGUCCGAUCUAUCCCCGGCCGAUGUAUCAUUACGAUCCCACUUGCGGAACCAUGCCGCCCGGGUUUUCCGCCAUCAACCUAAGCGUUAAGGAAGCAAGUCCACCGAUUCCGUACAAAGCCAGCGGAACUCCAUCUCCGAAUCCGGGCAGUCGAAAACCGGACGAUCAUCGCACUCACAAGAUCUCUUCUACCAGUCCGGAACCGGGAGCUAGUCCACAUCAGCGUAGCAGUCCUCAGGCGACCUUGGAUCUCAGUUCAAACAAUAGCGGUGGAACCAGUCCCCAUUUCGGCCGAAACACCGGCAAUGGAGGAGUAUCGAAUGGUAGCAGCGGUACUGGCCCCGCAUCCACAAAUGCCUCCGCUGCAACUACGAACAAUAAUAACAAUAACAACAAUAAUACAAACAACAACAACAAUAAUAAUAACAACAACAGUAACAACAACAACGCAGUGUAUACGAACGAUGUUCCGGAAUCGCGUACCUCGUCGGACGUAGUAGGCCAGACCGAAUUUACCGCUUCGGAUCGUCCGCUGGGGAUCGGUUUUGCACGACCGCAGCCCCCGUCGGCUUCCUAUAGUCGGGAAUCGACGCCGGACAGCGGUGGGUCCUACUAUGCCGACACAUAUCGUGACACCAGCGGUGAGUGCAACGUGCCGGACCGUGGCCAGGCCUUCUUCUCAAGCGAGAACAUUUCUCCGUACUCUGCAGGCUACAGUCCCCACGCCAGCUACGGGAUGGUGGUCCAGCCGGACUACGCCAACGGCUAUCCGGGCUACGCACCGAAUGCCUACCAGUACAGUGGCCCGUACGCCAGCUCGCUCGGUUCCGGUGUCUACCCGCCGACCGUUCCCUCCGGUUAUCCGCCGAGCAGUAGUGCCAGCUUCGUGACGCCGCCGGCACUCAGUCAGCACAUUUCGCCCCACGACAAUCUGCUGAAGGCAGGACUCACCGGUUACCAGCGCUUGGAACGGCCCCAGUUCCCAUCGCAAUCACAGGAACUGAAAUGCCCGACACCCGGUUGCGAUGGUUCCGGUCAUGCCACCGGCAACUACAGCUCACACCGAAGCCUGUCCGGUUGUCCGCGAGCCUCGAAACCGAAGAGCAAGCCCCGGGACGGUCAGGAAUCCGAACCGUUAAGAUGUCCGAUUCCGGGCUGCGACGGAUCCGGCCACUCGACGGGCAAGUUCCUGUCGCACCGAAGUGCGUCCGGCUGUCCGAUAGCGUUCCGCAACAAGAUGCAUAUCCUGGAGAAUGGUGGCACAAUCGAACAGGCAAAGGCAGCGAUGGCACAGGCUGCGGCCGGCAAGUUUGAACCGUUCACCUGUCCCACACCGGGAUGCGACGGAAACGGGCAUGUAGAUGGUACUUUUAGUACCCAUCGAUCGGCUGCCAGUUGCCCGACGGCCCAGGGAGGUCAGCAGGCUAGCAAGAAAGCACGCUACAGCGAUGAAGUGCUGAUGAAUUCGUCGGCAACGGCAAAGUCGUUCAACGAACUGGCAACGAACUACAAUCCGACGAAGAACGGACUACUAGGACCUAGCAACGGAUCGGCUAUCGGAACGGGACCAUCAUCCCUCGGAGGUGUCGUCCUCGGUGGUGGCCCAGCGUCGGAUGAUCAUCGUUCCAAGAACGAUUCAUCUUCGGUGACAGUGGCGGGCGGCGGAAUCGGCAGCGGUGGUGCCGGAGUUGUGGUCGGACCGCCCCAGGCACAGCCAAACGCGAUCACCGGAGGUGUCGGUGGAGGCGAAGAUAUGCUGACACUGGACGAGGAAAUCACCGAGCUUAAACGGGAGAAUGCCCGCGUCGAACUGCAGAUGCUGCGGCUGAAGUCCAAUAUCAAUGCGAUGGAGUCCCAACUGAACAACAACGAACCGAAGCUGCUCGAGAUCGGGACGAGAGGGAUUACAUGAAAUUUCCUGACCUGUUAGAGCUUUUCAGUUUCCGCAUGAGUGGCGAUCGAAAAAAAAAAGAAAUGUUUGGCAACGAGUGAGUGAGUGAGUGAGAAAACAUUAGAGGAGGCGAAUAACAAACACAAGAAGAAGAAGAAGAAAAAAAAUAAAGUAAACACGUGCACUGUAUACUAAGAAGAAGAAAAGUGAAGAAUUUUGGUGGUCAACGACAGAGAGAGAAAAAAAGAAGAAAACUUACGGUUCCCGAUGGAAAGUGUGACGAAGCAGAGAAUAAAAAAACGACGAAAGUCAAAAACGAUUACCUAACACACAAUGAAAAGAAGUAAACCUAGUCGAAAUGUGCUAUACGACUCAUUUUAAUUAUUAUUGAUUAAAAGUAACGUAUUACAAGUAAACAAAAAAAAAACGGGCAGAUGCAAGAAAAAAUUAUUGCUAAAUUAUUUUGAAAUCCUACAUUCAAAUAAAACAUGAAGAAGAAGCAGAAAAAAACUUAUGUGAAUGGAAGUAGAGCUACAGCAACAGCAGCAACAGUGAAGUAGAAACUCGGACACACUGACAUAUUAGCAAAAUUGUAAAAAGUCAUUAUUGUAUGU